UCCCCCUCUUCUCACCCUCUCCCUCCCCUCACACCUCCCCCUCUGUCUCCCCCUGCCUUUCCUUCCAGUCUGCUUCUUCUGUUGUGCCGUUGGCUUUGGUGCAGGGGGCUGGGGGAGGGAUCUCGCGAUUGUUGGACUUUUUUUUUUUCCAAGGGGGGGAGAGUUAUUUGGAAGAUGGCGCCCGUUGUUACGGGGAAGUUUGGUGAGAGACCUCAGCGUUUAACAAGGGAGGCUAUGAGGAAUUACUUGAAGGAAAAAGAUGAUCAAACAGUGCUCAUACUGCAUGCAAAAGUUGCACAGAAGUCAUAUGGCAAUGAAAAAAGGUUUUUUUGCCCUCCACCAUGUGUGUAUCUGUUGGGCAGUGGCUGGAAGAAGAAGUUAGAGAAGAUGGAGAAGGAGGGUUGCACGGAGCAGGAGGCCCAGCCAUGUGCAUUCAUUGGGAUAGGCAACAGUGAGCAGGAGAUGCAGCAACUCAAUCUGGAAGGGAAGCACUUCUGCACAGCUAAGACGCUGUAUAUCAGUGACUCAGAUAAAAGGAAACACUUCAUGCUGUCUGUGAAGAUGUUGUAUGGGAACAGUGCCAACAUAGGAGUCUUCCUCAGCAAGAGGAUCAAGGUCAUCUCCAAGCCAUCCAAGAAGAAACAGUCCCUGAAAAAUGCAGAUUUGUGUAUAGCUUCAGGGACUAAGGUGGCGCUGUUUAACCGUCUGCGCUCCCAGACGGUCAGCACCAGGUAUCUUCAUGUGGAGGGGGGGAAUUUUCUUGCCAGCUCCCAACAGUGGGGCGCCUUCUACAUCCACCUCUUGGACGAUGAGGAGUCUGAAGGAGAGGAGUUUGCUGUGAGAGAUGGUUAUAUUCACUACGGUCAGACGGUCAAAUUGGUUUGCUCUGUUACUGGCAUGGCCCUGCCCAGACUGGUCAUUCGCAAAGUGGACAAGCAGACUGCAUUAGUGGAUGCAGAUGAUCCAGUGUCCCAGCUUCACAAGUGUGCCUUCUACCUAAAAGAUACAGACAGAAUGUAUCUCUGUCUCUCACAGGAGAGGAUCAUCCAGUUCCAGGCCACACAGUGCUCCAAAGAAAGUAACAAGGAGAUUGUUAACGAUGGGGCUUCCUGGACUAUCAUUAGCACUGACAAGGCGGAGUACACCUUUUAUGAGGGAAUGGGCCCCGUCCCAACACCGGUCACACCUGUCCCUGUGGUGGAAAGUCUGCAGUUAAACGGUGGAGGAGAUGUAGCUAUGUUAGAGCUGACUGGACAGAACUUCACCCCCAACCUCAGAGUGUGGUUCGGAGAUGUGGAGGCUGACACCAUGUACAGAUGUGGGGAGAGCGUCCUGUGUGUGGUGCCGGACAUUUCCGCCUUCAGGGAGGGUUGGCGCUGGGUGAGACAGCCGGUUCAGGUUCCUGUCACGCUCGUCCGCAAUGAUGGAGUCAUCUACGCCACCGCCCUCACCUUCACCUACACCCCUGAACCGGGGCCCCGACCCCACUGCAGUGCUGCUGGCGCCAUCCUGCGGACACAUAGCACCUCUUCUUCAUCACCAGCAUCCUCGUCUUCACCAUCAUCCUCGUUGGGGGGGCUCGGGGACGGCCACGGCGCUUACAGCAGCAGUGACUCGGGCAUGUCGUCAGGGGCGUCGACCAUGUCGGUGCUCUCAUAGUAAUACUUACUCUGUUUGUGUGCUUUGAAUGAGUGAGUGAGAAAAUAUGUGCAUGUACUUGUGAGCCAAAGAGGCUCAUGGACCUGUGAAGAAUUGCACACAGACUCCGAAACUCUUCGUCAAAGAUCAACUGUGAUCGUCAGGAAUGCUGAAGAGAGUUGGGAUGAAGACAAGCCUGAAGAGAAUACUUGGGAAAACAGAAACUAUUCUUUAGCUCCCUCUUCUGGUUUGUUGGGGACAUGUCAAAAGCUCUACUCAAAGGAUCUUGAUAUUCAAGAAGUUCACCUUAAAGAUGAAGAAUCUGCCAUCUGUCUCUCACAACAACCUGAUUUGUACAAGAAGCAUCUUGUUUUUAUAUGCCUGUGGAUUUGGAAGUGAUUCUCACUUUGCUCUCUUUCUACUGAGAUCAUGUUUUUACUGAAAAGCUUGUUGAUUCAUCUGUCGUGUGCAAGGGAAAUUUUUGUUCUAAGAGUAACAUAGUUUUUACGGACCAAGGAAUAUUAUUAUAUUAUUUUAUUCAUAUUAUAUUUUAUAAGCUUUUGCCGAGGUACAUUUUUUUUAUGAUACUGCAUAGUAAUAUCACAAUAUCACUUUUGUUACCAAAUAGAAUUUGUUUUGUCUUUGACUCCUUUUUGAGUUUUGUUUCAAUCCUCUAGGUCACUGGGCUUAACUGAUCAGUCCCUGAAACUUUCCCCAACUUUUUAUAUCAAAGAUGACAUAUUUGAUGAAUGAAGUGUAUGUUUGGGAUACUUUGUAAUAUGCUAACAGUGUAUUCUGGGAGACCAAGGUCUGUGCUUUCUAAUCAUGUUUGUACCAGAGUGUUUAAACUCAAAUCUAAACAGUCCCUCUUUACCAUAGCUGCGGUGCUUCUUAUUUCACAGUGGUGAAGCCUGUACACAAAAUUAUAAUUUUUGUAAAUUACUAUAAAGCUAAGAAACAUAGAAGGAAGGUCAAAACUAAUAUCUGUCUAGUCAUUCUGUGCACAUUGCUCAGCCUUUUUGGAGGGGCCUUAAGUUUUCUUUUGUCUGUUUGCUUAUGUGUUGAAAGAAGAGCUUUAACGUCGUCUUUGCCUUGUAGCCUUGUAGCCUGUAGCUGUGUCAGUCCAAGUACACAACCUUGUUGAACCUGGUUUUGUCAAAUGUGUGAUCCGACUCCAAAUACAGUCCAACUUAGUUUAAUACAAUCAGCUGUGGUUGUGCUUUGGGUCCCAUACGAUGCACAGAUUCAAACUCCAAGUUUUUUUCUGCCUCUCCGUCUGCCUUGUGCAGUAGGUUUAAUAUAAAAAUGUAACUUUGAACUCAUUUACUAAACUAGUCAGGAAUUAUGUUGUUGCCUUAAGAACCACUACCCAGUUUGUCCUGUGUAAUAUUUCACAAAUAAUCCUCAUUUACAUCAGUCUUUUUGUUUGAACUGUGUAUCAUGUUUCAAAAUUGAGUUUCAAGUAAAUGUGUUGACCAGCUUA